AUGAGAUCCGACCCCAAAUGAACUUCACUAGUUACACUUUACUUCACUGACCAAGCAGCUGAGAAAUCUGAGAGAAAAAACAAGAAGAAGAAGAAGAAUGGGUUUCACAAUGGGUCUGAAUCUUCUUCUGUUGUUGGCUAUGGUGGCCACCAACAUUCUCUCUCUCUACCAUCUCUCCUCCAACUCCCCCUCCACCGCCGCCAACAACCCUUCCACCGCCUCCCACCAAGUCCCCGACCACCUCAUCCACCAGCUCACCACGAUACGCGCCACCAUCAACCACCUCACGCGCCGCCACCACAACCCCAACUCUGCCGCCGGAAAUUCCGCCGCGGCCGUCCCUCCCGCCGAUCUCCUCCUCUACUCCCAGCUCUCCCCCAUUGCCUCCGCCUGCCACGCCCACCCAGACCUCCUCCACCGCUUCAUGAACUACACCCCCUUCUCUCUCUGCCCCUCCUCCUCCGACGACCUCGCGGAAACCCUGAUUCUUCGCGGCUGCCACCCCCUCCCUCGCCGCCGCUGCUUCUCCCGAACUCCGCCGAAGCCCUCGUCUUCUUCUCUCCCUCAAAACCCUUUCCCUUCUUCGAUCCCCGACUCGUAUUUGCUCUGGAAUCGGUACAGUUGCAAGAGCUUGGAUUGUCUGAACAGGAUGAACCCAAUUUUGGGUUUUGAUUUGGGGAAGGAAGUUACGAAUUUUGUUUCGUACAAAUCGGAGCUGGAUUUGCCGGUUCCCCAGCUGAUGCAGAUCGCGAAGGCGGCGAAUUCGGUGCUGAGAUUGGGGAUCGACAUCGGCGGAGGCACGGGAACAUUUGCGGCGAGAAUGAAGGCCUACAAUGUGACGGUUUUGACGACGACGAUGAACGUUUUCGCUCCGUUCAGCGAGGUCGCGGCGCUGAGGGGGCUGGUGCCGCUCCACGCGCCGCUGCAGCAGCGGUUGCCGGUGUUCGACGGGACCAUGGACAUCGUGCGGUGCGGGCGGGCGGUGAACAGGUGGAUUCCAACCGUGGCGCUGGAGUUCUUGCUGUUUGAUAUUGAUAGGGUGUUGAGGAGCGGCGGGUACUUGUGGCUGGAUCAUUUCUUCAGCAAAGGGGUUGAUCUUGAGAAGGUUUAUGCUCCGUUGAUUGGGAAAUUGGGGUACAGGAAGGUGAAGUGGGCGACGGCGAGCAAGGCCGAUUCGAAGAGCGGCGAGGUCUUCUUGACUGCUCUCCUGCAGAAGCCUGUCACGAAAUGAAGUUGGGCUCUUGUGAGGAUUAUUGUUUAGACUUGAGAAAGGGAUUACAUAAGACUUUUCUCACUCCCGGUCCUAGAUGGAGGCCUUCAGGUCGAGUAAGAAAGCAACAUAUUUAUUUCCACUCAAGUGGGUUAUAUACAUUUUGUUAGCGAUCAGUAAGGCAUAGGCAAUUGUGGAAUAUUAGCUGACAUGGUUGGGACGAAGGUGAAUUUGUACCACUAAAAGAUCCAAGGGAACAAAAAGCAUGUGCUGAAGCCAGUCGUCUUUAUUGGCGUCUUCUUGACUGCUUGUAAGAUAAAGUUAUUCCUUUUAUUAUUUAUAUAUAUAUUUUUAAAGGAAUGAGUAUGCAGAACAUUGAGAAAAAGCAAGCUUUAUUAAUUAGCUGGUUAUCUCUUAUCAAUAAAUUAAAAAAAA